GCGGCGGCGGCGCGGGGGCUCCGGUGCGGCGGCGGCAGCGCGGGUCCCGCGGGCGGGCGGGGGGCGGCGGAGCGGAGCGGGGCAGAGCAGAGCAGAGCCGAGCCGCGGCGGCUGCAGUGUAGAUCUGGAGUCCAUCUCAGCCUGAGCUCCUGGGUUCCUGUCGCCAUGGAGACCGAAAGUGAGCAGAACUCCAACUCCACCAGCGGGAGCUCCAGUUCUGGAGGAAGCACCCGUCCUCAGAUCUCGCAGAUGUCUCUGUAUGAGCGACAGGCAGUACAGGCCCUGCAGGCACUCCAGAGACAGCCCAAUGCAGCCCAGUACUUCCAUCAGUUCAUGCUCCAGCAGCAGUUUAACAGUGCCCAACUUCACAGCCUGGCUGCUGUCCAGCAGGCUACGAUUGCAGCCAGUAGACAGGCCAGCUCCCCCAACACUAGCACCUCGCAACAGACCACCACCACCCAGGCUUCUUUGCAUGCUAACAGUGAUUGUCAAGCUCAGCAUACAAAUGAGGUCAACCUUGCCACCACCUCAGCUGCUCAGCUGAUCAGUCGGUCCCAGAGCGUGAGUUCCCCGAGCGCCACAACGCUGACCCAGUCUGUGCUCCUGGGGAACACCACCUCACCGCCCCUCAACCAGUCACAGGCACAGAUGUACCUUCGGCCACAGCUGGGGAACCUGUUGCAGGUGAACCGGACCUUGGGCCGCAAUGUGCCUCUCGCCUCCCAGCUCAUCCUGAUGCCCAAUGGGGCUGUGGCUGCUGUCCAGCAGGAGGUACCACCCACACAGUCUCCUGGGGUCCAUGCAGACACAGACCAGGUGCAGAACUUGGCUGUGAGGAGCCAGCAGACCUCUGCCACAAAUGCCCAGCUCCAAGGCUCUGCUCAGAAGACAGCCCUGCCAGGAAACUCCCAGGCCUCGGGCUUACCGCAGGCCACCAGCACGGGCCAGACCAUGGCGGUGGCCCAGGCCUCCUCCAGCGGGGCGGGCCAGUCCCUCAACCUGAGCCAGGGAGCAGCGGGCAGCAAUGGUGUCUCUGGGGCUGUGGUGGCCAGUGGUGGGAGCCAGCCCUCAAUGGGACUGAGCCAGAGCUCCUCGGCAGGUGCCGCUGGCAGUUGCCAGAGGAAGGGCACCGGGGUGGUUCAGCCAUUGCCGGUGGCGGCUGCCCAGGCUGUGACUGUCAGCCAGGGGAGCCAGACAGAGACAGAGAAUGCAGCUGCAAAGAAGGGUGACACAGACAGUGGUGGACAGCAAACGGUGGGCAUGAACCUCACCAGGACCGCUACACCAGCACCCAGCCAGACGCUGAUCAGCUCAGCAACAUACACGCAGAUCCAGCCACACUCACUGAUCCAACAGCAGCAGCAGAUCCAUCUGCAGAAGCAGGUGGUGAUCCAGCAGCAGAUAGCCAUUCAUCACCAGCAGCAGUUCCAGCACCGCCAGUCCCAGCUCCUCCACACAGCCACCCAUCUGCAGCUGGCUCAACAGCAGCAGCAGCAGCAGCAGCAAGCAGCAUCUCUGACCCAGCAGCAGCAAGCUCAGCCUCCGCAGCAGCAGGCUCCCCCUCAAAACCAGCAGCAGGCACAGACCCUUGUGGUGCAACCUAUGUUACAGUCCCAGCCACAGCAUUUACAGCUCCAGCAGGACAGUCCGUGCCAGCCAGCCACCAAGUCACCUGUUCCUAUUCAGUCAAAAUCCCUGGUCACCCCCAUCAAACCCCCUCAGCUUGGGCCUGCCAAAAUGUCAGCAACACAGCAGCCUCCUCCACACAUCCCAGUGCAGGUGGUGGGCACUCGGCAGCAGGGCUCAGGUCAAGCCCAAGCACUGGGCUUGGCUCAGAUUGCUGCAGCAGUGCCGACAUCCCGGGGAAUGCCAGCUGUAGUCCAGCCUGUUUCCCAAACCCAUGCUGCUUCCCCAUCAUCAUCUUCAGCUCCAGCAUCCUCACAGGAAGCUCCCCCUCUCACCACAGGGGUGAAUUUGGCACAAGUUCAAGGCACAGCCCACAUGGUGAAGAGCCCAGCUUCCUCUCCAGUUGUGGCUCAGAUGCCAGCAGCAUUCUACAUGCAGUCUGUCCAGUUGCCAGGCAAAUCUCAGACCUUGGCAGUAAAGCGCAAGGCAGAGUCAGAGGAGGAGAAGGAGGAGCCACCCAGUGUCACCGCACUCCUGCCUGCCAGGUCCUCUCCUGUAACAGACAGCCCCAAAAACAUGGAGGAGAAGAGUGGCCUUGGAGAUAAUUCUGAUACUGCUGCCAUUGCAACCCCAAAUGCCACAUCAAGUGAGGGAGCCUCAGCCACCCCCACCUCUGCUUCCACCCCAAACCUGGCAUUGGUGUCACGUCAGAUGGGAGACUCCAAACCUCCUCAAGCCAUCGUCAAGCCCCAGAUCCUCACACACAUCAUUGAAGGCUUUGUCAUCCAGGAGGGAGCAGAGCCCUUUCCAGUGGGUUGUUCUCAGCUGCUGAAAGAAUCUGAGAAACCACUGCAGGGAGAGGCUCCUUCUGGCCAGAAUGAAAACCUGUCCAGCAAUUCUCUGGGAGAGGAUAGUGCUUCCAUGGAGCUUGACAAGAAGGCAAACUUGUUGAAGUGUGAAUAUUGUGGGAAGUAUGCCCCAGCAAGCCAGUUUCGUGGCUCCAAGAGGUUUUGUUCCAUGACCUGUGCUAAAAGGUACAAUGUCAGCUGCAGCCAUCAGUUUCGGCUGCAGAGAAAGAAGAUGAAGGAAUUCCAGGAAGCCAACUAUGCCCGUGUGCGCCGGCGGGGACCACGGCGCAGCAGCUCAGAAAUCGCUCGAACAAAGAUCCAGGGCAAGCGCCACAGGGGCCAGGAAGACUCAAGUCGAGGCUCUGAUAACUCCAGCUAUGAUGAAGCUUUAUCCCCUACAUCUCCAGGACCCCUGUCAGUUAGGGCCAGUCAUGGAGAGAGGGACCUGGCAAACUCCAAUAUGGCCCCCCCUACCCCAGAUCUACAUGGCAUCAACCCAGUCUUCCUGUCCAGCAAUCCUAGUCGUUGGAGUGUGGAGGAAGUGUACGAGUUCAUUGCAUCAUUGCAAGGGUGCCAGGAAAUUGCUGAGGAAUUUCGGUCACAGGAAAUUGAUGGUCAGGCCCUGUUGCUUCUGAAGGAAGAACAUCUCAUGAGUGCCAUGAACAUCAAGCUGGGACCAGCUCUCAAGAUCUGUGCCAAGAUCAAUGUCCUCAAGGAGACCUAAGCACUCUGAAGCCAGAGGUCUCACUUUUGCUCUGACCCCAGGGCAGCUGCCAGUUUUGGAGCAUCCUGCUAGGGUGGGGGGGGAAGAAUGGGACAGUCCACUGUGGUCUUGCAUUCAAGAAGAAUGAGAAGGAAUUUAACUGAUUGAAACUGCCAUGCACAAGCCCAUCUCUUGGUCUCUUAAUGGUGCUACAAGGUUAAGGAAAACUGCCACCUGGGGCCUUUAAACAACUUUCCUUCUUCCUGAUUUUGAAUAUGCCUCCCCUGAAUACACCACAUAAAGAUGUUAAGGGGAUCUCUUUCUGUCUUAAAAGACUGCUGAAAGGGAACUGCCCUCAAUUUUUUUGCCACAGCAGAUCUGCUAGAUCUUAGCUUUGAAUAUCAUUGCCAGAAUUCAAGGCAUAGGAAGAGCUGGCCCCACAUGGACAUUGGGACCACCUGUGCUUGGAGCUUUUAUCAAGGAGAACUAGGAAAUUGCAAGUGACAGAGGUGACAAACAAGAAUUUGAGCAAAAGGGGCUGCUGCUUUUCCACGUUUAAAGAUACCUAGGCUGCUCAUGAACUGGGUUUAAUAGCCAUUCCAGCAUGCAUACCAAACUUGAAGGCCUGUGGCAAUAGGAGCUGUCUUGUCUUCACUCUGCAUGUCUACAGGAGACAGUAAAGCUAAAGUGUUAUGGCAGCUAUUCACUCCAGGUGCUCCUCUCAGAACCAGUCAGAGGAUUUUUCCUGAGUACUUAUGACAAAGUGAUGGGAAACUCAAAGGGGAGGGGAUUGUUUUACAUUAGGGAAUCUUGCAGCACUAGGCUUGUCUUCCCAUUGUGCUAGAGCAUAAUUUACAGAUCCAAAGCAGUCUCCAGAAGCACCAAGGCUCUUCAUGAAAUGGGCUGGGGUUUUGUUUUGUGUGUUUUCUUACCAGUUUGUAUUCUUUUCUUUUUGUGUCUGUCUUCAUUAUCCUCAGGAGAGCUUAUGGGACAAAAUUUAGGCUGGCAGGAUUGUACUGCUUGCCUCAGGCCUUUUUAUUUUUUUUUGGUUGUUUGUUUGUUGUAAAACAAAUAUUUCUCAGUUACAAGAAACCAAACACACACCCUAUAAGAACUGAAUACUAAUCUUUUAAUGUGACUUCUCAUUUCUGAAGGCUAGAAUUUAUGUUAUAGGCUGAUUUUGUCCUACUCAGCCCCUCCAGGUUUGAUUAGGGGUUCUUUGAUUGUUUGUUUGUUGUUUUUUUUUUAAGAACCAAAUGUGGUAUUCUGCAGUUUUGUAGCCAAAUUGCCAAAGGUGAAAACCUGGGCAGAGUUAUUCUCUUCCACAAGCACCUCUGCUUCAAACAGGCAAAAUACCUGAAGGAGUUGCACAAACUGUGAAGAGGUAAGUGCCCUCUAGAGCCAAAUACCUGAAAGCAAGAUGGUGUUAUAAACCAUGUAUCUCAGCUUUUCUGUUUUCAGAAGUUUCACAUGACUAUUUGAGUGAAACAUAAGACUGUUCUCUGUGUUAAGCACCUACUGUUGCAGAAAAGCUGUAAUGGCAUGGGAGAAAGCCUAAUAGCAUAGGUAGGAAAACAUUAGAGAUCUUUGAAAUGGGCUUUUUCUUGACCCCUGGUAGAAAAAGAGGAAGGAAAAUGCUUAGUAGAUGGAUAAAAUGUGGCAGCAGCUUCCUAGUCUUAACUGUGCUGCUGAAUCUCACUUCUGUGAUGUCCCUGUUCAUGUGAGAAGACUUCUGAGGCUUUGUGAAUGCAAAUAGGCCCAAAGGAAGCUGCCCAUGCUUGCUUGCACCCUGGUACAGUUUGGUCUGAUGUAAUCUGGGGACAAGGGAGGGGAAGGUUAGAAUCAGCAGUGUGCAGAGGAAGGCUGCCCUUAAACCAUUUUAUCCUUAGCGGGCUGGGUGUGAUAAAACUCCUGUUUAGUUUGACCCUUGGCAGGGUAGGCAGGCAGGUAGCCUGCCACUGUUACCAGCUACUCCUGAGGACUGGAUUUUAUUUCAGUCAAAUGGGAAGGCUUCACUUCAUUUCAUGUUCAGUGUUCUUAAUAAAAAAAUGCUUAAUCAGGCUUUGCAGGUCUGGCUGCUUUUUAACCCUCACCUCAAGUGUUUAGAAAGUACAAACUUCAUCACUAAGCAGUUUUUGACUGCCAUUGCUGUAGCAAAAUAGAGCGUAAUCCAUCUGUCCAUAACUACCCGAGCCUCUACAGUUUCAGUUUUGAAAGAUGUGGAUAGCUUUCCCUUGUAGGCCGGAGAGGACCUGGAGUAAAACAAGGUGACAGCAAAAACCAUGAACUAAAACAAAAACCAUGUUCCAUUACGAGUAUGGGUUCAGGCACAAGGCACCACACACUGAGGACCCUUUACUUUUGGGUGAGAAAGACGCUCUGGCACCAAAGUAAGCUCUUCCUACAUCAGCACAACACUUCACCAGGUUUUUUGGUCACUUUAUUUUUGAAAGUUGUGUUUUGUACAAAAAAAAUUACCUUAGACACCACCAUGAAAACAGUAACAGACUUUACUGACUUCCUAUUUUUCCCAUGUUACAAGAAAGAUUGAGACUGUAACAAAAGUCAAAGAAAGCAGGAAUUGCUUGCCCACUCCAAACCCAGAAAGAAAGCAGGGCCACCCCUUUUCUCUCAAUGUCUUAAAAAUACAUGAACCUUGUCUGUACUCUGCUGUUAACAUAGUAGUUAUUCACAGUCUGUGCCCCCCGGACUGAGGGCAGUUCUCUGCCAGUCUACAGUAGGGUAGAAUGAGAUUGCUCAGAGUCUAGCCUCUCAAAUAAAAAGCAAUGCAGAAUCGAGGUGCAAAGUUCCUGAAGGUUCCCAUUAAGUCUACAGCUCAACUGUACCUGCUUUUCACCAGGGCCCAAAGAGGUCUUUCUCACUCCCAGCCAGUGGCAGUAUGUUAAGUACCAUCUGCACAGGGCAAGUGUCUUAAGACUGGCCUGCACCAUGCUUAAGGGGGACAGUGAUUUAUGAAAGCUGGCCAUGUAAGAGUCCCUUAUGCAGUUCUCAGUGUGUUAACAUUCUUAGC